UAUUUACAGGUGGUUUUCUCGCUGGCAUAAAGCCAAGGUUGUGUUUCUACUUUCGGUUUAAUGAGAUCGUAGUUGUUGACAAGGACGUCCAGAUAUUGCUGUGGAGAUUUUCACAUCUUUGAUAUCCUGUGUGUCCACUCACGAUGACCGCUACCUACCCAUGUCCGGGCAUCAGAGUGGUCAGAGGUCCCGACUGGGCCGGGAGAGAUCUAGAUGGCGGCGAAGGUCACGUGGGAACGGUUGUGAAGAUAGAAGAUUCUGAUUGGCAAAAGGCAAAGUGUCUGUUGGUCUGGGACAGUGGCCGAGAGAUCCAGUACCGGGCAGGAUAUGAUGGCAAGUUCGAGCUGUUGGUGUUUGACUCAGGUCCUACAGGAGACCAACAGAAAGGCGUCAUGUGUGAUGGAUGUGGAGAAGUUAACUUUUCAGGGAUGAUAUGGACGUGCUCGACAUGCACGGACUUCGACUUGUGCACCCUGUGUUACAACACAGAACGCCACGACACAGACCACGCCUUCCUCCGCUGUCUCACCAACAACUCACCACUGGUGCGCGUGCCGCCUCGUUCUGGCGCUCAACGAAUAGCUGCUAUUGGUCUAUUCAAGAAUGCAAAGGUCAUUCGUGGACCGCACUGGAAAUAUGGAGAUCAAGACGGUGGAGAAGGAACCACCGGGGACGUCGUACAGCUCGGGGCGUUGUCGGGAGGGUACAGUCGGGGGGCUGUCAAAGUGAGGUGGAGGGGUGGACAGGACAGUCUGAAGGGAUACCGUAUAGGAGCCCAGGGCAAGGUAGACGUCAUCACAGUGGACGAGACUCAAGGCUGGAGGUACUACAAGGACCAUCUCCCGCUGCUGGAUGUUGUGAAUCCCACUGAAGUUCGCCUGAAGGUUGGGGACAAAGUGAAAGUAGAGGUGGACGCAGAUAUAUUUGAACGCACGCACAGGGACUUGACUGGUUAUCGUGACAGCAUGGCACAGUGUUUGGUAGAGGUUGGUACUCUCAUCGGUCUUCCCUCUCCAGACGGACGCAUCAUUGUUGCACAUGUACAGUACCCGGAUGCUGAGAAGCACCAUCUGGCGAAGAAGACUUUGACAAGGCUUCACACGUUUGCUGUCGGGGACGUUGUGAAGAUUACCAACAACUACAACGCUGCCGUGGAUCUCCAGAACGGACAUGGCGGAUGGAAUGACAAAAUGGAAAAUUGUCUCGGAAAGACCGGCCAGGUCGUUGAGAUCGACAAGGACGGGGAUCUGAGGGUGGCCUUUGGGCCAGUCAAGUGGUUCUUCAGUCCCGUCAGCUGUGAUCCUCAGGACGGAGUGGCCUUGUCAGGUUCCGGCAUCUCUUUUGGGGCUAAUAAAAGCACCAGUUCAGACUCCUCUACAUCUGAUGUCGAUGGUACUCAUAAAUCUGAAUCAGCAGACAUAGCCGAAGGUGUGGCUCAGGUUCGGUUCGGCCCUCUGAAGCCUGGAGCGAGUGCUCUGUUCAAGCCCAACGCAUCAUCCAGCAGCACCAUAACAGCCCGAGGCCUCGUCAUCGCUGUCAGCAACGGCGACACGGAAACAGUGAAAAACAUUGUCAAGUCUAUUGGUGACAAGGUGAACGAAUCAGUGGAUGGCCUGACGGCAUUGCAGACGGGGUGUUACAAAGGUCAUGCUGACAUAGUCAAGCUUCUGAUCGGUGCUAAGGCUGAUCUGAACAAAGCCGACGAUGAAGGAGACACACCUCUGCACUAUGCUGUGUCAGGAGAGCAGCCCAUUGUGGUCGGGAUACUGCUGGACGCCAAGGCACGGGGCAACACGAAGAACAACAAGGGACUGACACCAUUACAUCUGGCAGUGGCCAAGAAGGACCCCAGCACCUGGUGUCUGAAGGCACUCAUACAGUACAAGUGUGAUCCCAACACACAGGAUGAAGAGGGAGAUACGCCCCUUCAUGAUGCACUCAGAACCCAUAACCAGCAUCUUCUUGAUCCCUUCCUGGAGUGUGCCCAGCUGAAUCUGAGACUCGCCAAUUCUAAAGGCAGCAACCCUUUCCAUGAAGCAUGUGUGUUGCUCUCUGGGGCAACAGAAUUUCCACAAGCACUGAUAAAGAGAGAUCCGAAGAUCGUCAACGUCCCCAUGAACAACGCCCUCACCCCGAUACACAUAGCAGCAUUCCGGAGUUUUGUGGCCCUGGCAGGUGUCCUGGUGAAGGCUGGCUGCAAUGUCAAUGAUCGGGACGACAACGGCAAGACAGCUCUUCAUAUGGCUGUACAAAGAUGUAAUCUUCAGAUUGUGCAACUGCUCCUUGAAUCUGGGGCGGAGAUCAACGUCCAAGACCAGGAAGGAAAUUCUCCUCUACACGCCACCCACAUGGACAGCACGCUGCCCGGAGCUGAAGGUCCAAAAGACGCGGAUUUGGCCCUGGAAAUCCGAUGUCAUCUUGUAGAACGAGGAGGGGGACAUCAGAUUGACGAACAAAGCCGGGAAGACACCUCUAGAUUUCGUGAAGAACAAGGAAGUGCGAGUAAUGUUGGAGAGAAUUUCAAAGCGACCCUUGCCCUCGUCAGUGAGCCAAUCAAAGCGUCUACCAGCACACUGGGAAGCCAUGGGACAGGAUGGGUUCAUGAAGGUGGAGCUGAGUGAGUCCAACCCCCUGAAGGCCUUUGAAUACAGACAUGUUGAAUCAAA